AAGGGGCAUUCUGGGUAGUCCUCUGUUUACUUCCUGCCCGGGUGGCAGCUGUGGCUGUGUCCGGCUGUCCUUCCCAUCCGAGAAGAUGGCUCUGGAGACGGUGCCAAAGGACUUGCGGCAUCUGCGGGCGUGUUUGCUGUGUUCUCUGGUCAAGACUAUUGACCAGUUUGAGUAUGACGGUUGUGAUAAUUGUGACGCGUACCUACAAAUGAAGGGUAACCGAGAGAUGGUAUAUGACUGCACCAGCUCUUCCUUUGAUGGAAUCAUUGCCAUGAUGAGUCCAGAGGACAGCUGGGUCUCCAAGUGGCAGCGAGUCAGCAACUUUAAGCCCGGUGUAUAUGCAGUGUCGGUCACUGGUCGCCUGCCCCAAGGAAUCGUGCGGGAGCUGAAAAGUCGAGGAGUGGCCUACAAAUCCAGAGACACCGCUAUAAAGACCUAACAAGAUGUGGGGCCGCCAGCGUCUUUCUCCACUUCCUGCCUCUACUUACUGUUUGGUUAAUGGACUGAAUAAGCCUCCUUCAAACACUCGCCCCCCACCUUGGAGAAUCAGCUGACUAUUGAGAGAGCAGCUUCCUGUCCCCAGGCCACGGCACUUCUUUGGACUACUUAGUGGUGGAGGUGGGAGGAUUUGGCUGGUGGGUUCCCAGAGACUGAAUUGAGAGAGUAGGAUGUUAGUUUUCCUACCCACAACCACAGAUACGAGCCUGGGACAAAUACCAAUAAACUUGAGCCCCUGA